AUGUCAUUCAAGGCCGAUGGUCCCAAAACUCGCCCCGAGCGUGUCAAACCACCCGCAGACCCAACACCAACACCGCCAACAUGGUCAACAAAGGCGGCGUCUCGACGCUCCUCGACUUCCUCAAUCUCCUCGACCAGAUCCUUCCACUCGGCCGUCUCGGGCCGGUUCUCUCCCACCUCUGAAACACGCAUGGUCUCUGCGUCCAACGAGCUGAAAGCACAGGCAAACGCGCUGUUCGCCCGUGCCGAGUACGUCUCCGCGAUUUCGACCUACGACCGUGCGCUGGCCGAGUUGCCCCGCUACCUGGACUAUGAGAUGGCCGUCCUGCAGAGCAACGUCGCGGCAUGCCACGUGAAACUCGAGCAGUGGAAGGACGCCGUCGAAGCGUGUGAGGCCGGCUUGGGAGGGCUGGAGCGGGAGAUGCCGACAAAGACGAAGAAGACAAAGACAGAGAAAACAAAGACGAAGACAAAGACCGGGCACCAGAAGCGGACUAAGGGGGACGGCAAAAUCAAUUCAGACACGGAGUCGGAUUCAGAAGGGCACUCAGACUGGGGUCAGCAAAACAAGGGCGGCACAGUUGUCGAACUGCCCUCCUCGCUCGGGGAAGAGGACGUGGCGAAAACCCUCGCCGCGCUGUCCCUCUCUGACGCCCGCCGUGCGGACAUCACGAGGAUCCGUGUAAAACUGCUGCUCCGCCGUGCACGCUCGAGGAGUAGUAUGCCGGCGGUGUCUACCUUUGAUUCGUUCGGGUCUCCUGGCGGUGCUCCUCCAAAUUCGAGUUCGGAUCCCACCUCGUCAAAGACAUCCAACGGCACAUCCUCGACGUGGUCGACCCUCUCAGCAGCUCUGGAAGAUUAUACCCUCUUGCGCGACACGCCCGCGUACUGGGCCGCUUUGCCGCCUAGCGAUCGCAAAACCGUGCAGCUUGCACUGGUGAACUUGCCGCCUCGGAUCGAGGCCGCGAAACAGCGCGAAGUAAGUGAGAUGAUGGGCAAGUUGAAGGAUCUGGGGAACACGGUCCUCAAGCCGUUCGGGCUGAGCACGGAUAUGUUCAAGGUGAGUCAGGGGGAGGGAGGGGGGUAUAGCUUGAGUUUUGAGGGUGGGGGAAAGGGUUAG